UCCUUUCUCGGACCAAGGGCCGUGGAGGCUCGUUUGGCCUCAGCCACGCCCUUCGGAGAUCGGCGGCCCUGGUGCUCGCGGCCAACCUGCCCCCCGCCUGGCGCUGGCUGCCCUCCGAGAGGGACGCUGCUGACGCCGCCUGGCGAGGCCGCCGUUGCCUGCGCGCCUCGGUCUUGGAGCCCGCCCGCGAGGCCGCGGCCGCGGCGUCUCCCUCGGGGCCGCGGCCCGCGCGGCGCGUCCGCUUCUGCCCCCUCGACGAGCCGCCCGCCUGCCAGACUGAGGAUCUCUCCCGAGGGAUCGUGGGCGCCGAGCCGCGCUGGGAGCUUGCCGGCGCGUUUCAGUUCCGCGAGCCCCUUCCCCGGCGCGGGCCGCCGACAGCCGAGGCCGAGGCGCGAGGCCCGCCCCGUUCGCGAGGUGGCGAUUGGGCGCGAGGCGCGCGCCGCGGCUCGCCGCGCCGUCCAACCCCCCGCCGUCGGCGGGGGGCGGUGGGGCUCAUCGAGGCAGGUGGUUGCCGGGGCUGCGCUCGGCGACGCUGCGGCUGGAGUCGGAGUGCCGCGACCAGACCAGCGCUUCCUGGAGUGGGCGCGCCAGCAGCAGCUCCGCGGCCAGUUGCCGCCCGAUGCCGAGAUCGCCGUGGUGGAGAUGCUGAAUCAGACGGACUACGACGGCUGGGCGUCGAACGCG